CACCUUUCUCCUCCCGCCAACCACCUGCAUCGUCGGUGAGCUCCUCCCUCCUGGUUGCCGUGGUAACCCAGCAGCAGCCAGGUGGGAGGAGCUUGUCUGCAGCUGUUCUCCAGCCGAUCUGAUGUGUUGUUUGACCUCCAGCUCCCAGCAGCCUCACUGGAACUUCCACGCUGAGGUUCAGGCGUUCAGCAGCCGCCUCCACGAGGACUUCUGCCUGGAGGAGCUGAAGACCGCCUUCGUCAACCCGUGUUACCUGCAGGCGGAGCAACAGAGGAGGCGGGGCUUGGGCGUGGACUCUGAGACCGCCGCUCUGGCUCUGAAAGAUAACGUGGAUCUGAGUAGAAAGGGGGCGAGCUUCACCAGCAGCUUCCUGAGCGCCUGGUGCCGGGCCAGCUUCCCCACCCUGCCGGCGGCGGGCGUGCAGAGCGUCGUGAGGCACCUCACCGGCCCGGCGGUCCUGACCAAGGUCGCAAGAAAUCUGGGCGUUGAAGACCUCGCCAUGAGCGCCGCCUGCCCCGUUCCCGACGACGUGCUGCGGGCCACCUUCAUGGCCGUGAUCGGAGCUCUGCGGGAGAGCGGAGGACCCGAGAGAGCCGGAGCGUUCCUCAGGGACUUCCUGGGCGCCCAGCUGGUCGGGGAGGACCUGUUUGCCAUGUGGCCGGUGGUGGACCCCAUGGGCCUGCUGGUGGAGGAGCUGACCAGGAAGAAGCUCCCCCUGCCAGAGCCUCGCCUCAUCAGGGCGGCCGGAGCCAGCACCGUGCUGCCGCUCUACUUCGUGGGCCUGUACAGCGACAGGAAGCUUCUGGCUCAGGGCCCGGGGGAGACGCUGGCGGCCGCCGAGGAGGAGGCGGCUCGCGUGGCCCUCCGGCUUCUCUACGGCUACACCGGGAGCCACCGGCCCCUGGACUUCUCUCCACUGCAGCAGCCCUCGGCUCAAUCACUCAGCAGCCAUUAGUCAUGAACCUCCAGCAGGGCAGCUCUCGUUUGGGAGCAAAGUUCAGAUCAAUAAAGUUUCCAUCGACCUUAUUGGAGUCUCACUGCACCGAUCACCAUCGUUUGGGUCUAAAUCAGCCCACGAUGUCACGUAUUACCCCGUCACUAGGAGCCAGGCUUUAACUCUCGUAGGUCUCGUGUUUCCUUGAACACGUGAUGACACCGAGAGCCCCGCCACCCGACAGAAGGAGAAGCCGUCUGAGAUCCCUUCAGCUGCUCUUCGGUUGCACUCUGUUGUUCAUCUGUAAUAAAAAGUCCAACGUGUUGUAAACCAU